UGUUAGAAAUUUUCGUUGAUAGUGAAUUUGUUGUAUUUAUACACUAUAGACCGAUUCCUUAUGAUAAAAUUGUUUAAUCGUGUUUACCAGUGUCACUGUAAAACAAAAGCCACCAACUCAUAGUUCUCGCAUUCCGGUGCGGCCUCUCUCCCAGUGGCAAGUUUUCUGGCCAUGGAAGCCUCAAGAAUGUUACUGUUGUCCCCAAUAUGGAGCUCUAAUUUACGCAUGAACCAUUACAAUCAGUCACUUAAAAGGCCCAGGUCUCAUAUGGCACUGAAGAUAGUGGGCAUGGCAAAGGAAGGCAGCGAGAGAAGCAAUGGCAUCAUAGAGAAAGCAGCCAUAGCGGGAGGAUUGAUAUCAUCCCCAGUGAUUGCGUGGUCUCUGUACACUCUGAAAACAACCGGGUGUGGCUUGCCCCCAGGUCCAGGUGGAUCAAUUGGUGCACUGGAGGGAGUGAGCUACCUCGUGGUCGUGGGAAUAGUGGGUUGGUCAUUGUACACUAAAACCAAAACUGGUUCCGGUCUGCCCAACGGUCCUUUCGGAUUGUUGGGUGCUGUUGAAGGCCUAUCGUAUUUGGCAUUGGUAGCCAUUGCGGUUGUCUUUGGGUUGCAGUACCUUGAUCAGGGUUACAUCCCAGGUCCUCUCCCUGCCGAUCAGUGCUUCGGCUAGGUUUUCUGCCUCACGUUUGCUUUCCAAUAGGAUAAGGUUAUGUGGGCCACUACAAUUCUAUCCUUACAUUUGUGGAUGUGGUUGCUUCCAUUAAUCUUAGGAUUAUCGUUUUCCACUACCUCUUGUUAUAAUUUUCAGUAAACAUUUUUCUGUGCAAGAUGUUCUGAGUCUAGAGAGAAAUUGAUUGUUUUUGUCAUCCUUAAUUUUUACACUUCGUGGCAUGUCACCGAUUGGUCCAAUAAACGAGAUUAGAGUAAA